AUGGAAGACAGAGAUAAUAACAAUAAAAAUAUUAAUAACAAUAUAAUUAAUAAUGAUAGAUUCAAUGAUAUAUUUUAUAAAGUAUUCAAAUCAACUUAUUUAAUACAAUGUAUAUUUAAACAUGUACGUGGCAAGAGAUUGAUUUGUUUGGGUAGUGAUGGUAAUCUACCAGCUGAUCCACUCCGAACAUUUGCAUAUAAAGAUAUAAGAAGUGUACAUUGGAUGAUUGAAAACUCAUACUUUGGUCUACUCAAAGACAAACUGGCUCGUAGACAACCGACAAGUACCAUCAAUAGUAUUGACAUUGCAUUGAUGUGCAAAAAGUGUGCACCCUCGUCUCCAGCAGAAAUAGUGCCAUUGCCACAACUACCAUUUAAAUUUGAUAACUUGGUAGACAGCCAUUUCUAUCUAACACCCGAGUUGUUUGAAAUGAUAUUCUCUUCUAAAGCAUUGGCAGAGUUGACCGAGUGUCCUAGAGAGUAUCUUCAAUGGCUUGGUGAUCUACCAUUUGUAUAUUGGGAUAUCCAAUCGCUCCACCGUCGAGACUGGUCGCUUCCAGAUUCACUAGCUUCCAUCAAAGAAUUAAAAAAGCAAAUUGAAAAGCAAAAGAAAUGUAUCAACUUUGUAUCGCUCAACACAAUCGAUAUGAUCGAUUAUAUUGAAUCAAAAUUCUUUGAUCCAGACCUCAAAGAAAAGAGAAUUAAAGAGUAUUUUGUUCAAAAGGUUCCCCCUAUGGACAUGAUUGACGAAAAGGAAUACAAAUGGGUGUAUAUGAGAUGGAUCAUCGAGUCAAAGAGAUUCAAGACUAUUAGAGACAAGGAUAGAUGGGUAGAGAACUGGCAGGCCAUCUACUACCAAGACCGUGGAAAUAAGGUUUGGAAUGAUAUCAUUCGACGUGCAAUUAAAAAUCAUUAUACAAAUCCACAUACUCCCUAUCUACUGUGCCCAGACGAGACACCAGACGACAACGACGAUACUCCACUAGAAAAUUACCAACAAGUAUCAUCUUUUGUAGCUGUCAGACAUGGGUAUUUGGCAUUCACCAAAAAACUAUAUCAAAUUUAUACUCCAUCAGAUGAUGUUAGAGACAUCAAUAACCAUGGAUAUGUCAAUCAAUUAGGAUUAUUAAAUACUGCAUCUGAACACAAUCAAGUUGAAUGUGCCAAAUGGAUCAUCGAACAGAUAAAGACUGAUACAUUUGCCGAGUCUGUCAAAGUGGAACAUAUACAGAUUGCAUUAGAGACGGCCAUGUCUUGGGGACACUAUGAAAUAACGGAUCUCAUCCUAUCACAGUUUCCCGACACUCUAUUUACAACUAGCCUACUUGAAGUUGCUGCCACUUCGGGUAACAUUGAAUUCUUCAAGUCACUCCUUCACCGUGUUAAAACCAACUAUCUAUUUGUACCACUACAACGGACACUACUUAAUGCAAUGAGAUCUGGAUCAAUGGAAUUGGUUCUAUAUAUUUUGCAACAACUCUUGAAAUUGGAUACAUCAUCAUUGUCGUAUUCCUAUUUCACAUUCAUUCAUACGACUGUCCGAAAUGGUCACUUUGAAAUCACAAAGAUGCUACUCACGUCUCUCAAAAAAUUUAUGAACAAAGAUUCAAUCUCUACCAUGUUGGCCGAUAUAAUUAAACGCGACCCUAUCACCAAAAUACUAUAA